GCGUCAAAGGCGGGGACAGCUGAGCCACUAUACGAAUCCUUGAGAGCCUGGGAGUGGGCGUUUCACUUUUCCUGCGACUGGGGAGUACCUCAGCCUCUGCCCUUUGAACUUUGACAGGUGUGCAGCUUCUGCUUCACCAGAUAUGGAAAACAUGGAUAAAAGAGACUGACCAUUCAUGACAGUUCAGAAAAAUGAUACCUCAGAUAAUCUGGUAUUUCGUAUGAAAAAUGAAAUGAGAAGCACCAAGUAUAAACCAGUAGACUAUCAACAAUUGCAUGCAUUAACCGAAGCAAAAAAAUUAGCUUCUGCCUCUACGGAGCUAAAGAUCAGAAAAGCAGUGCAGACUUCAAAGAUAUCUAAAGAGCAAACACUAAUAAAGCAACACAAGCAAGUGUGGUGGCAAGAACACCAAAGGCUAAAUGAAGUCAGAUGUAAAAUGGAAUCUGAAAUAAAAUCCUUACUCAAUGAAGAGAACAUUGGAAAUGAAUGUCUUUCUGACCUUAUGAAUUUCGAACAAGAGUUAUCAGAACAAUGGUGCACAUAUCUUAAAAAUGUAAUAAAUCCUCUUCAGCAAUUGAGAGCAGAUCUAAAAUACAGACAGCAUCACAUUUCACAGCAUUCACACUCGCACAGUGAAUCCAACUCUGUGAAAGUACUGGAAGAGGUUGACUUCGUGAAGAAACAAUUGAAAGCCGUCUAUGAAAGACUUAGGCUAGAGCAACAGAAAAUAGAAAAUUAUCUUUCAGACUGGAGUUUGAAAACACUUGAUCAUUCUUCAGAAGAAAGAAGUAACCUGCUUAGUGAAAUGCCCGUGGAAUUAGAAACUUUGGAAUGUCCAUACCCUGACUUGAAGUUUUCAAUCCUUAAUGAAUUCUGUAACUUUACAGAGAAAUAUCAAAAGAAACUUCAAGAUUUUGAUAUGCAGUUAGAAGAUAUAUACAGAAACUUCCAAUUAAGUGAUGAAGACCACUGGUUUUACCAGGCUCUUGUGGAUCAGUAUCCUGGGGAUCUCAGUGGCAGAAGGACUCUGUAUCUGGACAUGUUACAGAGACAUUUUCCUCACAAAUCGAGGCAUGAUUUGGUCGAACAUGAAAAAUAUUGUGACCAAUAUCGCUUUGCUAAGGAGCAGCGAAGGAUCCUGAUAGCAAGUUGGAGUAAGAAUAGGAGAGACUUUAUACAGAAGGCUGUGCUGACAGUGGCCGAGGCCUGUGCAACUCAUGAAAUGGAAAACAUGUUGGUUAAGGAUAGGAAAAAGCAACAGGAAGUGUGUGCUGAUCUGAAAGCCAAGGUUCUUCAGUGGCGAGCCCACCAGGAAGAGGUAGCAAGACUGGAAAUGGAAAUUUCUGCCAGAAGGAGAGAAAAGGAAGAGGAGAAAGAGAAACAGUGGAAGAAGAAGGAAUUGUUACAAAGAGAAGAGAAGAAAAAAAAAAUAAGAAAAUACUGGGCUAAAAGAGAGCAGAAAUGGCAAGAAAUGGAAAUGAGAGAUCUUCAGCGUCUGGAAGAACUGAAGAAAUUAAUGGCUGAACAGUCAGUAAAAGACAGAGAAAGGGUUAAAUAUAGACGAGAAUUAUUGGAAAAGCGUUUGAUGGAGAAAAAAGAAGUGACCCUUCAAGAAGCACUUGAAGAAGCAGAGAGAGAGAAGCGAAUAGAAGCCCUGAGGAAACAGGUUGCUAUUGUUGCUCAAUUUGAUCCUGUUAGAAUGAUGUCAGACACAACGGCAUCAAAAGCGAGGAUGGGUAUUGGAAUCGAAGAAGAAUUUAUUCUUCAAAAGCCACUCUUCACAUUGAAUACAUAUAAUGAACAGCAGAUUGUCUUCUGUUUGUCUGCUGAAUGGGUGCUGACACCCAGUGAAACUUUGCAAGGCACUCCUUGAAGAUGACAGAGCAACAAGAUAGAAGGAGCCUGGGUCCCUAAUCACCAGUUGGAAGAAAGCCACUGAUUGACCAGGAGCACCCACUUGGUACUCAGUGUGAGUGAGAAACAAACUUACAUUGUGUUAAGCCACUGAUAUUUUGAAGUAGCAACUAACAAAACCUUUUAAGUACAGUAAGUAAGAAAAUGAAUAAAAUAGGAAUAGUUGUCAGAAUCUUUAAGAUUUAAAAUUUUACACACCCAGAGUUCUCCUUUUCUUUGAAGAUAGUGCUAUUAAUAAUGAUUAUCAUCUCUGCGAAGACAAGGCUGAGUUUUCAGGUACUGAUGGAUUAUGUCCUCUCUUAUUAGCUAGAAUUGCUACCCUGGGAUUUAAGGGAGUUGAGAAAUUGAACCUAGCAUGUUCUUAUUCAAAGAUAAGAACGUAACUGGAAGGAGGCAAGUUUCUGAGAAGAGCAUCUAUAAAUAUAAGUCAGGCUUUACCUGUUGCCUCUAAAAAAUAGGUUAAACAGCCAAUUCUGAUCAUUUGUUUCUACGUUACCUGCUCCCCAAUCUACACCCCCCUGACACACACACACUUUUGCCUCCUAUCCAUCAAAAUGGCCCAAUCAAUAGAGUUGUUCUCUAGUAGAAAAAAAUGGGUUCUAAACCGGAGCAUGUCUUUUUAUCCAAAAGAGAAUCUAUUGAAAUGGUCCACAGCCAGGUGGAUUAUGAGCUUAUAAGGUUGGAUAGUGGUUAUGAUGAAGUAUGAGAAUAAGUGCUGAUAAAAAUCUAGGCAGGUAGAGGAGAGACAGAUACCUAGAUAUGUAAGUAACAGAUCACUUUCUAUCUCAAAAACAUCAGUCUAUUUAGUUAUUAAUUAGAUGUUCAUGUUAGUUUAUUAAUUAUGAUAGAUCAUUUAAUUAAUCAGAAUUAUCCUUAUGUAAGGGUCCUGGAAAAGUCAUUGUGAAGCAUGAACCUCAAACCUAACAUUUGAAUUCAGGUAAAGUCCAAUUAAUGAGUAUCAAAGACAGCCUUGAUCAAUUUACUCUUGGAGCAUAAACAUCAUAAACAGCAGUAGGAAAAGAUGAAAAGAUGAAGCAAAAGAUUGAGGGAGGCCAUGAAAGAGCAAAGAGCCGCUGACUGCAGAGGAGUAGGGAAAUGGGCGGGUCACAUCAGAUCAGCCCACACCAUCACACCUGUGCCCUAGGAAAGACGGGAGGGGGAGGGAGCAAUGUAGCCCCUACUGUUAAUGAAUAUCAUAGAUUUAUUUCUUCUCCUCCCCACCCCGCCACCCUUCCUUCCUUCUCCUCCUCCUCCUUCUUUGUCUAGCUAACCGCCUCCUCCUCUUCCUCCCCUUUCUUCAAUGCCCCCUGUCAAUUAAUGGACUAUUCUCAGUUAUGAUGACUCAAAAAGCCCAGCUAGUGCAGUGGGCAAGAACCCUGGAAAUUGGACUUAGAAGAAUUUGGUCCAAGUCCUAGCUCUGCCACUAUAUGGUGUAAUUUGUUAACCACCUUUGACCACUCUGAAUUCAAUUUCCUUGUUUUAUGGAGGAAAUGAAUAUCUGCUACACCGACCUAAAAGAGGGAAUGUGAAGAUUUGAGGUAGUGGGUCUGAGAGCUUUUAUUUUUGUUCUUGUAAUUGCUAAAGGAGUGAAUAAAAGUCAGAUGAAAACUGCACAAUUCUCUAGCGGUGGGACUGUGAUUAGGUGUAGGCCUUUUAGAAAACAAAAAAAAUUUUUAAGUUCAUUCCCUUUGACCAUUUCUGUAAAUCUUAAUAGACUUAAAUGUAAAAAAAAUUAUAGGUACAAAAAUAUCCAUUUGAGUGUGUUUAUGAUAGAAAAUACUUCAACAUUAAAGUCAAUAGUAGACUAUGUAAUGUAUGGCACAGGCGCUUGGCAUCCAUAAACCAUGUGUUUCAAAGAGAACAUUAUAAUAUGGGGAAAUGUUAAUGACAUAAAGUUAAGUGAAAAACACAGACUGUAAAGUUAUGUAAUUCCAACUAUUUAAAAAUCUAUUUGUUGGGACUUCCCUGGUGGUCCAGCGGACAAGACUCCAUGCUCCCAAUGCAGGGGA